UUAUUCCAACGUCAACACUCCGCUUUGUCAACAACACGUCCAUUGAUGAUCAUCACUGAAGCCACAAGAAAAAAAUAAACCCUCCACUGGGGCAAUACGACGGGGGAUACGAUUAAGGUCUCCAAGCUAAGCUGCCAACCAAUCAAGACGCUUCAAUUAAAGCAAAAACACAUCAGGACUAGCCAGGACAGACAACCUACCAUGACUUGUGCCUGCUGAUCGAGAACAAUUCUUUUCGCCCCCUGAUCACUCUCACUCCCCCUACCUCAUCUAUACUUCCCUCACUUCUUCCGAUGCCUCCGAGGACCUCCGGCUCCGGUUCCGGCUCCGGCUCCGGCGCCGCUACUGCCAAGCUCCGCCGGGCACAUCGCAAGUCCCGGAAUGGCUGCUGGGAGUGUAAGAGACGACAUAUCAAGUGCGAUGAGAAUCGUCCUGCGUGUAGUAACUGCGUCAUCAGUGAGAGGACGUGUUCGUUUCCUGCUCAACCGACUCCAGCCGCUGCGCCAACUCCGCCAGAGCAGCCUGUGUCUUCUUUCAAUGAACCUCUGAGUGCUAGUCAGGUUGAGAGUCCUGCUGAUAGCAUCUCGAGUACUGCAGCCUCUCACCGGCCUUCUUCAAUACCGCCUCCGUCAUAUCUUGCACCAAACUCUGGCUUCACAUCGAAUAUCGAUGACGGCGCGCACUCGACUUCUCUGCCAUCUUUCACAGAAUCGUUCGCUGCUGCAGACUUGUCUGAGUCGCCUCUAUCAACUCCACUGCCAGACGCUCUUCCUACGCCAUACUUUACCAAUAAGCACCUCAUAUUGUUGCAUCACUUCCGCAAAUCUCUACUAUUCGAUGUCGACAACGUCGACAUCAUCAUAGACCUCGCUCUCGACUGGUCAUCAGAAGCUCCGUACGCUCUGGAUCAGCUUCUUGCUAUAUCAGCAGAUCACCUUGCCAUGACUCAAGUAGAAAGUUCAGCUGAAAGCGCAGCUUCUUGGAGACGCAUCGCUACCGAGUUGCAGACUCGCGCCCUUACACACUUUAACAGGGACGGUCAAGACACUGCCAAUCACGAGUCUCGCUUCGUCCCUCGUUUCCUCUUCUCCUCCUUGUUAAGCUUACAUAUGCUUUACGACACACUCACACAGUAUCGAGCCACAUUUCACGUCUUUAUAGAGAGAUUCUGUAACUCUGUCUGCCUUCAUCGUGGCGUGAAGUCAACUUCCUCGCCAGGCUACCAAACUCUUAUCAGGUCCCCUCUAGCGCCAUUCUUUCUCGGUGUCAGAGACGCAGCAGAGCUCGGUGACAAGGGCGAUGAGUGUGCCCCUCUCAUAACUCUCAUCGAAAACUCUGAUUUGAGUCCAUCAGCUGUGGAAGCCUGUAGCACAGCCGCUCAUACACUGCAAUGGGCUUUCAAUGUUCACAGGAAUCUGCCCAAGAGUGUAAACGUACAAGCUGCCUCGGCAUUUCCGGUUGUGUUGAGCGAUAACUACAUAGAGCCUGUUCGAAAGCACCGCCCUGAAGCAUUGCUCGUAUUGGCUUAUUAUGGUGUUCUCCUCCACCGAUGUCGACAUGUCUGGUUGUUUGGCGAUUCAGGCGCGUUUCUGAUACAUUUGAUUGCGGAUCAUCUUGGAAGCUAUUGGAAAGAUGCCCUACGAUGGCCACUCGAAGAGUUAGAAAGAGAUCAAGGAUAAGAAGGUUGGCAGAGGACAAGACUUUAGUCCUGUACCGAUGACAUCCAGAGCGAAGACAUCGACGUGCUUUCACAUAAGCGAUGCUAUAUGCAAGCUCGUUGAAGCACAGCAUUCGAACACAUUAAAGGCAACAAAGCUGUCGCCGAUCUUAGGUCACAGACCUCGAUGCUCGGAAAUAUCACCUUUUUUAUGAUCCAGGCCUCAGAACUGCAAAACACGCAGAGGUCGCACCACCACCCAAAGAGUCCGAUCAGUCAAGCGUCAAGAUAUGAACAUUCAAGGACAUGAUCCUUCAGAAAUCCUUCGGAGGUGCUGUCAAAUACCGACGAAGGUUAAGCUAGCCUAAUUCAAGCUUGGCCUAAAUUAUCACAAACUUAGAGGAGAAAGUGAAGGCUUCAGGCUGUGGUUAUCUGUUAUCAGGCUAUCAUUUAUGUUUGCACCUGUCAUGAAAAGGAUAGAGUGGCUUUGGCGGCAAGAAAAUAUACCAUUUAGAGGGACGAUGUUUUAAAGUCUAUCAAUAAACAAGUUAAAUACUUCAAACA